ACAUCUGGUGGAAAAAUACAACCUUACAAGCUUAUACCAUAAACACAAUUCAUACCUGUCAAAUCGUUGUUUAUGUUGUAGCGGCAAAAAAGCUUAAAAAAUACCACUUCUCGUGUGAUAAGCAUCCCAAAUUCCUUUUUACUGUGCCGGUGUUUGAGAACCAAAUGCAGAUAGUCAACAAUAGAACGUACGCACUCGACUUUUAAUAAGAAAAAAAUCCCCGUCCAAGUCAAGCGUACGUGCCUUCGAGAUCACAUCAUACGGACCUUAAAUUCAGUGCCUUGUUUCUGAGCACAGUUUCAAAUUAGUGUAGCAGCGGGAAAAGAUUGUUUAUCGUUUCAAGAUGUUAAAACUAUUGUGUUAUUCGGCUAAAACGAAAUCCCUUCCUAUUGCUAUGCGAGGUAUCUCGACAAGCAGCAUCUUACAUGAAAAUCACAAGUGUAAGUUGUUAGUGGUCGGUGGUGGGUCAGGAGGAUGUUCCGUUGCGGCGAAAGCAUCCAACAAGUUGGGAGAAGGAAAAGUAAUCGUUUUGGAGCCGGCUGAUAAACAUUAUUAUCAACCGAUGUUCACUUUAAUCGGUGGAGGAAUUAAAAAGCUCGAGGAUAGCUUUCGUCCCAUGAAAACCGUUUUACCUGCGUUAGCCACUUGGAUUAAGGAUUCGGCAGCAAAAUUCGAACCCGAACACAACACCGUCCAUACAACCAACGGAGACAAGAUCGAAUACGAAUACCUACUUGUUGCCGUUGGUUUGCAGCUGAACUACGACAAAAUUCCUGGACUUGUGGAAGCUCUUUCGAUUCCGAACGGAAAAGUAUGUUCCAACUAUUCCCCAAAAUACGUCGACCGUACUUUCCAAGCCUUAAAGAAUUUCAAAAGUGGCAACGCAGUGUUCACCUUCCCGAAUAGCCCUGUGAAGUGUCCAGGUGCUCCACAAAAGAUACUCUACAUCGCGGAGCAUUACUUACGCAAGAGCAACAAGCGCAAAAAUGCUCAAAUGCAGUAUAACACGGCCCUGCCGGUGUUGUUCGGUGUGAAGCAUUACGCCGAUGCUUUGUGGGAAAUAGUAAAGAAACGGGAUAUAAGUGUGAAUCUGCGCACGAAUUUAGUCGAAGUCAAACCAACCACCAAUGAAGCCGUGUUCGAAAACUUAGACAAGCCGGAGGAACAAUUUACCGUUAAGUAUGAGCUUCUGCACGUCACACCACCGAUGGGUGCCCCAGAUGUAUUGAAAGCUUGCAAAAGCCUUGUCAAUGAAGUGGGCUUCGUAGACGUGAGCAAGGAUACGCUUCAGCAUCAGAAAUUCAGCAACGUCUUUGCCAUUGGCGACUGUUCAUCUUCACCGAAUUCUAAAACAGCAGCCUCUGUGGCUGCUCAGUCGCAAGUUGUGUACAAAAAUCUGAUGGCAACGAUGGAAGGUAAAACACCUAAUUAUGUGUUUGAUGGAUACGCAUCCUGCCCAUUGGUCACGGGAUACAACACGUGUAUGCUAGCCGAGUUUGACUACUCUUUAACGCCAUUGGAAACUUUCCCGCUCGAUCAGCGUAAAGAGCGUUUCUCGAUGUACCUCAUGAAGAAGGAUUUCAUGCCACCGCUCUACUGGCAUUUGUUGCUAAAUGGUCUCUGGAAUGGGCCUGGAUUGAUGCGAAAGUUGAUGCACUUCCGUCUAUAAAAGCAGGAUAUUUAAUUAAUGCUGAUCCAAUACUUCUUCUGUUCUUCAUCGGAUAGUUCGAUGCAUAAGGAGUGAAAUUAUUGAUUUGCUACCUGUAAUAUUCAUAUCUGUGCAAUAUGCUAAAGAUUCCAUGUUGAACUGAAUGAGAUUCAAAACAGUUUUUUUACUUUUAUGAUUGUUGCAUAGCGUAAAUAAAUGUGUAACUAAAAUAUUUGUCUUAAAUAAAAUUAAUUCACUAGAAAUAAACAGUAGUGCUUCUACUGUUUUGGCACUAGAACUUUGGCAAGGCUGGUUUUACGGAUAAGUAUAAGAAUUCCGCUUACCAAA